AUGCCGUCGCAGCAGCAGCAACAGCAGGGCCAGCCGCAGCCGCAGCCGCAGGUGGUGGCGGGGUCGACGCGGUGGUGCCCGACGCCGGAGCAGCUGAUGAUCCUGGAGGAGAUGUACCGGGGCGGCCUGCGCACGCCCAACGCGUCGCAGAUCCAGCACAUCACGGCGCACCUCGCCUGCUACGGCCGCAUCGAGGGCAAGAACGUCUUCUACUGGUUCCAGAACCACAAGGCCCAGGACCGCCAGAAGCUGCGCCGCAGGCUCUGCAUGAGCCACCACCUCCUCUCCUGCGCCCAGUACUACGCCGCCGCGGCUCACCACGGCGGCUUCCUGGCCGCCGCGCCGCCGCCGGUCGCGCCGUACGGGCAUCAUCAGUUGCUCUCCCCGUCGACGUCGCCCACCCCGGCUGCUGCCGCGGCAGCGCGCCGCUGCGGCGGUGGCGGAGGAGGAGGGCUUGUGCCGGCGGCGGAGGCGCUCGGCCGGCCGGAGUACUCGUCGCUGGGGAAGCUGGACAACUUCGGCGUGGCGCUUGACGACGUUGUCGUGAGCUCCGCCUCCACCGCCGUCGACAUGACGACGCCUCCGGGGUUCGAGGUGGCGCCGCAGCCGGCUUCCUUCUGCCGGCCGCUCAAGACGCUGGACCUCUUCCCCGGCGGGCUCAAGGAAGAACAGCACGACGUGGCCUGA